UAAAGAUUAUCAUUUAAAAAAAAAAAAAGGAAAGAAGAAUAAGUAUAAACCCAAAAUCAUUUCUGGUUAGUGGGAACUGGGAAGUGAGCAUUUGGGAGAGAGAUGACGGAAAUUUGGAGAAAAGGUUUGGUUUUGGUGGUGCUUACAGUCUGCAUUUUGGGAUGUGCAAAUGCUGCUACAGAUCAAGGAGAUGCUUCUGCCCUAGGGGUUAUGUUCAGCGGUUUAAAUUCACCACAGCAGCUAACUGGGUGGACCGCUAACAAUGGUGAUCCAUGUGGGCAGUCCUGGAAAGGUGUUACUUGCUCAGACCGACGUGUCACUGAAAUUAAGCUGUCAAAUCUCGCACUUUCCGGGUCAGUGGGUUAUAGCCUUCAAAGUUUGACAUCAUUGAAGGAACUGGACUUGAGCAAUAACAAUCUUGCAGGCGAUAUACCAUAUGAUAUUCCUCAAAACUUGCAGCGGUUAAAUCUUGCAUUUAAUCAAUUUACUGGAAGUGUCCCUUAUUCCAUAAAUCAGAUGCAUUCUCUUCAAUACCUAAAUCUUGCACAUAACCAGUUGCAGAACCAAUUGAGUGACAUGUUUGGACCACUUUCUUCCCUCUCUACAUUGGAUCUCUCUUUCAAUUCUCUGACUGGUGAUCUCCCUGAGAGUUUUAAGAAUCUUACUAGUAUGAACUCUAUGUACUUGCAGAACAACCAGUUAACUGGCACUAUUGAUGUGCUUGCCAAUCUUCCCCUUGACACUCUGUAUGUCUCCAAUAAUCAUUUUACUGGCUGGAUACCUGAUCAAUUGAAAAGCAUCAAUUUGCAGAAGGAUGGUAAUUCCUGGAGCUUGGGGCCUGCACCUCCACCUCCUCCUGGUACCCCUCCUGCCACUAGAAAUAAUAGAAAUCACAAAUCUGGUAGCAAUAGUUCCCCAUCGGAUGGUGAUUCUAGUGGUGGGCCUGGUGGGGGUAGCAAAUCAGGGAUUGGAGGUGGAGUCAUAGCAGGAAUCGUAAUAUCCAUCCUUAUAGUUGGGGCUCUUGUAGCAUUCUUUCUGGUGAAGAGAAGAUCCAGGAGGACAUCCUCAGAUAUUGAAAAGCUUGAUAAUCAACCCUUUGCUCCUCUUCCUUCUAAUGAAGUGCAAGAAAUGAAAUCUAUACAGUCUGCCUCUUCAGUUGACACCAAGACCUUUGACACACCUGCUUCGAUAAACCUUCGACCCCCACCUGUUGACCGUCACAAAUCAUUUGAUGAAGAAGACUUUUCUAAAAAGCCUUUUGUUGUUAAGAAGGCUGUUGCAGCUCCUAAAAAUGUUGCAUCAUAUUCAAUAGCAGACCUCCAGAUGGCUACUGGCAGUUUCAGUGUUGAAAAUCUUCUUGGUGAAGGAUCUUUUGGACGUUUUUAUCGAGCUCAAUUUGAUGACGGCAAGGUUCUUGCUGUGAAGAAAAUAAAUUCAUCAGUUCUUCCCAGUGAACUAUCUGAUGAUUUUAUAGAGGUAGUUUCGAAUAUCUCCGAGUUGCAUCACACAAAUGUCACAAAGCUGGUUGGCUAUUGUUCAGAGCAUGGACAGCACCUACUUGUCUACGAGUUCCACAAAAAUGGCUCACUCCAUGAGUUUCUGCAUCUAUCAGAUGAGUACAGCAAGCCAUUGAUUUGGAACUCCCGUGUCAAAAUUGCUCUGGGGACUGCACGUGCAUUAGAGUACCUGCAUGAAGGUUGCUCGCCAUCUAUUGUUCAUAAAAAUAUCAAGUCAGAAAACAUCUUACUUGACGCUGAACUCAAUCCUCACCUUUCAGACUCAGGCUUGGCAACCUUUAUUCCAAAUGCAGAUCAGGUACUAAAUCAUGAUGAUGUUACCAUGUCUGGAUACGGUGCACCCGAAGUUACCAUGUCUGGUCAGUAUUCUCUUAAGAGUGAUGUUUACAGUUUUGGAGUGGUUAUGUUGGAACUUCUCACAGGACGUAAGCCAUUUGAUAGCACAAGGCCAAGACUAGAGCAGUCUUUGGUUCGAUGGGCAACACCUCAGCUGCAUGAUAUUGAUGCUUUAUCUAAGAUGGUUGACCCUGCACUUGAAGGGCUUUACCCGGUUAAGUCUCUCUCUCGGUUUGCCGACGUUAUUGCACUUUGCGUCCAGCCGGAGCCCGAAUUCCGGCCUCCUAUGUCGGAAGUGGUUCAAGCAUUGGUUCGACUAGUGCAACGAGCUAACAUGAGUAAGAGAACAAUAGGGACAGACCAAGGUGCAUCUCAGAGAACCGAUAACGCUGUCGCUGAUGAUGCACAUGACUACGUGUCUUGAAUGGAUAUGAAGUAGACGCUUUGACUGUUAUGGUGACGAGGACUUUAGAUUGUAAUCAUGUCGAGUAUUAUUGUUUUAUGGUAAUAUUAUUGUAACUAAUAAAAACAUACACCCCCUAACUUUAGCCUAAGUUUCAAAUCAGCCCUUCACUUGGUAAUCUGUUGCAUGUAGUCCAACCCCAUCAAUUGAAAUUCUUUCACCGUUGUGUGCAUGUUAAACAC